AGGAUUCACACAGGAGAAAAGGCUUUCACAUGUACAGAGUGUGGGAAAAGUUUUUCAGAAAAGAGUACUCUGAAAAAGCAUGAAAGGAUUCACACAGGAGAAAAGCCUUUCACAUGUACAGAGUGUGGGAAAAGUUUUAUACAAAUGAGUCAUCUGAAAUCUCAUGAAAGGAGUCACACAGGAGAAAAGCCUUUCACAUGUACAGAGUGUGGGAAACGUUUUUCAGAAAAGAGUACUCUGAAAAAGCAUGAAAGGAUUCACACAGGAGAAAAGCCUUUCACAUGUACAGAGUGUGGGAAAAGUUUUAUACAAAUGAGUCAUCUGAAAUCUCAUGAAAGGAGUCACACAGGAGAAAAGCCUUUCACAUGUACAGAGUGUGGGAAACGUUUUUCAGAAAAGAGUACUCUGAAAAAGCAUGAAAGGAUUCACACAGGAGAAAAGCCUUUCACAUGUACAGAGUGUGGGAAAACAUUGGAGCCUGUUAUCAGCAUAAACUCAAAUGUGUUAGAAUGUGAGAAAAGCUUUAGAGGGAAGUCUCAUCUACUAGACCACUACGAAAUUCACACAGGUGAGAAACCACACACAUGUACUGAGUGCAGCAAAUGUUUUACACGAAUGAAUCAUCUGAAAACUCAUAAAAAGAUUCACACAGGAGAAAAGCCUUUCACAUGUACAGAGUGUGGAAAAUGUUUUAAAGAAAAGAGUCAUUUGAAAACUCAGAAAAAGAUUCACGCAGGGGAAAAGCUGUACACAUGCACAUACUGUGGAAAAGGAUUUACAAUAAAGUGUAAUCUGAAAAAGCAUGAAAGGAUUCACACAGGAGAAAAGCCAUUCACAUGUACAGAAUGUGGAAAAAGUUUUACGCAAAAGAGUCAUCUGAAAUCUCAUGAAAGGAGUCAUACAGAGGAAAAGCUUUUCACAUGUACAGAGUGUGGGAAAGGUUUUACACAAAUAAAUGGUCUGAGAACUCAUAUAAGGAUUCACACAGGGGAAAAGCCUUUCACAUGUACAGAGUGUGGAAAAAGUUUUACACAAAAGAGUCAUCUGAAAUCUCAUGAAAGGAGUCACACAGAGGAAAAGCUUUUCACAUGUACAGAGUGUGGGAAAGGUUUUACAGAAAUAAAUGGUCUGAGAACUCAUGAAAGGAUUCACACAGGGGAAAAGCCUUUCACAUGUACAGAGUGGGGAGAAAGUUUUAUACAAAAGGGUGAUCUGAAAAAGCAUGAAAGGAGUCACACAGGAGAAAAGCCUUUCACAUGUUCAGAGUGUGGAAAACGUUUUACACAAAAGAGUGAUCUGAAAUCUCAUGAAAGGAUUCACACAGGAGAAAAGCCUUUCACAUGUUCAGAGUGUGGGAAAAGUUUUACACAAAAGAGUCAUCUGAAAUCUCAUGAAAGGAGUCACACAGGAGAAAAGCCUUUCACAUGUACAGAGUGUGGGAAAAGUUUUUCAGAAAAGAGUACUCUGAAAAAGCAUGAAAGGAUUCACACAGGAGAAAAGCCUUUCACAUGUACAGAGUGUGGGAAAAGUUUUAUACAAAUGAGUCAUCUGAAAUCUCAUGAAAGGAUUCACAAGGGAAGAAACCUUUCACAUGUUUAGAAAGUGGAGAAAAAGGUUUCCAUUGAAGUCAGGUAU